GUACGUAGUCCUCAUUAAAGAAACAGUUAGCAUAGAUUACGGAGUAUUUUACGAAAAAAGAAGAAGAUGACGGAGUAUUUUUACUUGUAUUUGUGAAAGAAGAAAUACGUAUUCGGAGUGGGUAGGGGACAGGAAUUAUGUGGCCUUGGAUUCUUCUUCUGAUAGCAGCGGUUCGUGCUGCCAGCUUUACUUGGAAAGGGUGUGGGCGCAACACUAAAGUAUGAGCCUUUCACUGUGUUCGACGAAAGGCCUUUUUUACUCCGUAUUUUUUAAUCUUUUAAAAUCAGAUAUUCAUCAUAUAAUAGUAUUUGCACAUGAUGAUUACCACGGAGUAUUUUAUUUUCAUGGUUUAAGGAUUAAUAGUAAUAAGUGCGUAUUCAUUGAGAGAGAAAAAAGGGGGAAGAAGGUCUGAGAAGACCUUUUUGUUCGCUAGCUGGGACUGGGCAUGCCUUCUUUCUGCUGAGAAUUCAAGAUGAGAGCAGAACAGCUCGCACCAAUGGCGGCGCUGUGGGCGGUGGCGCUUGCCGUCGGGGUUAUGGUCAGUGGUCCGAGCUCCGCCGCCGCUGAUACAUAUCCAAAUGAUGCAAACGUUCUGAGGGCAUUGUUCUCCAGCCUGAGCUUAGCACCACAGUUAACAAAAUGGAACGUUAAUGGUGGUGACCCUUGUGGAGAGUCAUGGAAAGGCAUAACUUGUUCAGGGUCCGACAAUAGAGUAACUGGAAUUGAUAUUUCAAAUCUAGGACUCACUGGGUCAUUGGGAUUCCAACUGGAUCAACUGAGUUCUGUAACCACCUUUGAUAUAAGCAAUAAUAAUCUUGGGGGAAUGUUACCAUACCAGCUUCCUCAAAAUGUGCAGAAACUAAAUGUUGCUGCCAAUGGAUUUAGUGGUGUCCUUCCAUAUUCUAUCUCACAAAUGCCUUUUCUUGAAUAUUUAAAUGUGAGUCACAAUCAACUUCAAGGUGAGGUGACUGUGAUGUUUUUAUCACUUACAAACUUAUCAACACUGGAUUUCUCGUUUAAUAAUCUCAAUGGUAAUCUUCCCCAAACGUUCAGCUCACUUACAAAUAUGAAAAAUAUGUAUUUGCAAGACAACCAGUUCACUGGAACUAUUGACGUUCUUGCAAAUCUUCCCCUUGAUAAUCUGAAUGUGGAGAACAACCAAUUUACUGGAUGGAUUCCUUCACAGCUGACGGGCAUAAAAGGUUUAGAAACGGGAAAUAAUUUGUGGAGCUCAGGGCCCGCACCCCCACCCCCACCUGGCACACCACCUGUGGUCAAGCCGAACCAUAGACCUGAAGGCAGUAGCAGCCCACCAAGUGGAGGCAGUGAUAAUGGUAGUGGUGGAGGAGGAGGAGGAGAAGGAAGAAGAGGAAAAUCCGGUAUAGGGGGUGGUGCUGUUGCAGGAAUUAUAAUAUCCAUUUUAGCUAUAGGAGCACUAGCAUUAUUCUUUAUUAUGAAGAGGAGAAGAUCAAAGAGGGAAUCAACAGAUAUUGAAAAGGUUAAUAACAAUCAUCAGUUUCCUCCUCUCGUCUCACAUGAAGCACAAGAGAGGAAAUUUGUUCAAACCGAGUCCACACCGGGAAUGAAAACCUUCGACAAACCCAUCGAAGUUAUAAAUUUAAGACCACCUCCAGCUGAUCGCGCUAAAUCAUUCGAUGAAAAUGAUUUAUCAGCCAAAGCAAUUGUAGUUACUCCCAAGAAAAUUGAUACUUCUCAAAUAAAUGCCACUCAAUACACUGUUGCUGACCUACAAAUUGCUACUGAUAGCUUCAGCGAUGAGAAUCUUCUUGGUGAGGGAUCAAUUGGAAGUGUUUACCGGGCUCAAUUUGAAAACGGAAAGGUUUUUGCUGUAAAGAAAAUUAAUUCGUCUGCUAUCAAGAAUCCAGAAGAUUUUCUUGAUAUAAUUUCUGAGGUAUCCCGGCUGCAUCAUCCAAAUGUUGCUGAGUUAGUUGGAUAUUGCUCAGAGUUCAACCAGUAUCUACUAGUUUACGAGUUCUACAAAAGUGGUUCUUUGUAUGAUCUUUUGCACCUCUCGGAUGAGUACAGCAAGACACUUGCUUGGAACUGCAGAGUCAAGAUUGCUUUGGGGGCAGCACGUGCACUUGAGUACCUACAUGAAGUUUGCUCACCAUCGGUGGUUCAUAAAAACUUCAAAUCUGCUAACGUUCUGCUAGAUUUAGAAUUCAACCCACACUUAUCAGAUUCUGGUUUAGCAAGCCUCAUACCGGUUGAAGAUCAGGCCCUAAAUCAUAAUUCAGGAUCGGGAUAUGGUGCGCCUGAGGUAGAUAAGCCGGAGCAGUAUACAAUAAAGAGUGAUGUGUACAGUUUUGGGGUUGCAAUGUUGGAACUUCUUACUGGAAGAGUACCAUUCGACAGUUCAAGGCCAAGAUCUGAACAGUCCUUAGUUCGAUGGGCUACACCUCAGCUUCACGACAUUGACGCCUUGUCUAAGAUGGUUGAUCCAGCACUUAAAGGGCUUUAUCCUGUUAAAUCUCUCUCCCGAUUUGCUGAUGUUAUCGCGCUUUGUGUCCAGCCCGAGCCCGAGUUCCGACCACCAAUGUCAGAAGUUGUUGAAGCGUUGGUGCGUCUGGUGCAACGGGCCAACAUGAGCAAGAGGACAUUUGGCCCAGAUCCACGGACUCCCAGGUCUGGGAGUGGGGAUUCUCAAGAGUUCGAUCCAUAGCCUUGCGUAUAAUGAACUGCUGCUUAAUCCAAGGUCGAUUUGCCCGGCUGAGCAUAUUUUGCUGUGAAUCCUGCCCGAUCUGUUCAUCUGCCUCGGUUGCAUUGUAGCAAUGUAGCAUCAUCACAUAGUAGCAUGGUCCUAUAAUAUUGUUAAUAGCAUGUUCUACUCCUGGAUUCCUAUUUUUGUUGUAUGGAAAAUUGGAAAUGGGGGAAGUAUUGAAAAGAGGCUAUGGAUGAAUCUUUCCUCAUAUACAACGCAAGCCCUUCAGUCCUAUUAUUUGCAUCCAUUUCUUUAUUGAAGUAGGGUUGGGGAGGGGGUUUAU